AUGCAUCCGUAUUCAAAUGAAUGCAAGACGUUUCUGUCUAACGUUACGCAAUGUCAGCCGGUCGUCCGUAUAGAAACACGCACGGCGCGAGUACCGUACGCGCGACGCGCCACGCUGCUCCAACUUACUCGUCGACUGUGUUCCCUCGGCUGCUCUCCUUCGGCCUUCGACGACUCACUCGCAGCGGCGAAGCCGUGCGCUACUCAAUCGUUCUCGACUAAAAACUUCCUCUCUCUACCUUCUCCCCGACGAGAAUCAUGUAUCACGUAUGAGUACUCGCGGUAUCUCGCGAAGGCCCAAGUGAGACACGUGAGGAAGCGUCGGAAGCGAAAUGGUCACGUGAAACGAAAAAAACUCUACUUGUCGCACGAUCUUCGAAGUCAAGCAACAGUCGAGCGACGACACAAGAUGUAUUUAGAAGGAAAUGAUAACCGAUCAUCGCUCAAGCUCAAAACCAUUGUGAGAGACAUAAACGUAUGA